AUGUCUGGGGAGGAAGAGUCCGAUCUACCACCCGCCGAUGAAGAGCCCAUACAAAGCCACACGCCGCAAGACAGCACACCACCAACAACCGUGACUGAUGACAGCGGCACGAUAGACGAUGACGCCGAAGCAGCCGCGGUCAAAUCACCCCCUCCGCGUAUCACUGUAGAGGGCGAGAACGUUGAUGCCUCCGACCACGAAGGCACCGAAACGCAGCCGCCUAUCCGAAUACCUGACACGCCGGAUGACGGACGAGGCAAUGGCGAGACGAAGGGCGAAGACAUUUCUACUACGGCCGACGCAACAAUAGCCACAGAAGCCAUCAAUGGUUCCAGCACCGAUGACCGGGGGUUGAACGGAGACGAUGUGUCCUCAUCGGCAGGCACUGAUCUGCCCACUCGAACUCGUACCGAUUCGAGGUCGACUACAGCAACGCGAUCAAUGCCAGUCUCCUCCACAGUCUUCAUUGUCACUGCUCUGGAGUCGAUUGGCAACUCGAAAGAGGCACGAAGGAGCAAAGAGUUCGGAGAUGCGGUGCAGGCGGCACUGAGCAAUAUCCAGAGCAAUGACCAGGCAGUCAAUCCAGAACUGAUCUUCCGUCCGCUCCAGCUAGCCACAAAGUCCUUCUCAGUCCCAUUGCAGGUCACAGCCCUCGACUGCAUCGGCAAGCUGAUCAGCUAUUCCUACUUCGCCUUUCCCUCUGUGACCAUCACCUCACCCGACGCACAGCAGCCCGAAUCUGCGGAGACGCCGCCCUUGAUCGAACGAGCUAUCGAGGCCAUCUGUGACUGCUUCGAGGGAGAGGCUACUGCUAUCGAGAUCCAACAGCAGAUCAUCAAAUCGUUACUUGCGGCGGUGCUUGACGACAAGAUUGUGGUACAUGGCGCUGGCUUGCUGAAGGCAGUCCGGCAAAUUUACAAUAUCUUCAUUUAUUCCAAGUCCAGUCAGAAUCAGGCAGUUGCACAAGGCUCUCUGACACAGAUGGUAGCCACGGUCUUCGAACGCGUCAAGGUCCGAUUGGAGGCUCGAGAAGUCCGGGCACAGCCCAAGUCAGAAGAGGAUUUGUCUCUCACAGACGAGAUUGCCCUCAACGGUCUUAACGGCACCGUCGAGACACCGGACACAGAAACACCGCCAGUCCUGCAAUCCGAUGGCAGGCCAGCGAUGACGUUGAAGGACUUCGAGAAUAAUCGUACAUUGGACGAUGCUGUGGCGGCGGACUCGGCACCCACAAUGGUCACGAGAGCCAGAGAACGGAAAGGCACCCGGAACGCGUCCGGAGCCGUCUCGCGAUCGAGCAUGCAGGAGGAUCGUGAGGAGAGUGAGCUGUCGGUGGACGACGAGGACGAGAUAUACAUCAAGGACGCCUUUCUAGUCUUCCGAUCGCUUUGCAAGCUGAGCCAGAAAGUCCUGACUUACGACCAGCAACAGGAUCCAAAGUCGCAGAAUAUGCGAUCGAAGUUGCUGUCCCUGCACCUCAUCCACCACACGCUCAUCAACUUUACCAUUGUCUUCAACUCGCCACAGUCGACACUUAAGGGCGGUCCGGGAGGCGAAUCGAACCAUUUCAUCGAAGUCGCCAAACCCCACCUCUGUCUGAGUUUGUCGAGGAACGCCUCCAGCUCAGUCUCACGGAUCUUCGAGGUCUGCGCCCAAAUAUUCUGGCUUUGCCUGAAGCAUCUUCGAGUCGCGUUGAAAAAGGAGUUGGAGGUGUUCCUCAAAGAGAUCUAUUUGGCUGUUCUAGACAAGCGGACUGCGCCGCAAUUUCAAAAGCAAAUGUUUAUGGAUGUAUUGGAAAAGCUGUCUAGCGAUGCGCGGGCGUUGGUGGAGAUUUACCUUAAUUACGAUUGCGACCGAACAGCCUUGGACAACAUGUAUCAAAGUAUCAUCGAGCAUUUGUCACGAAUAUGCAGCACACCCGUGGCAGUCUCGCCACAACAGCAAGUCCUGUACCAAGAGCAGAACAAGGCCAAGUCACACCAUCACGACUGGCAUUCGAAGGGCUCAUUACUGCCCAGCCUUUCCACUUCCACCCUCAGCCAUUCGCCGCCGCAGCCGCCCGCGAUUCCAGCUGAAUACCUGCUCAAGCAGCAGUCAUUGAAGUGUUUGAUAGAAAUUUUGACGUCGCUCGACCACUGGUCUGGCGGCCAGGUCGUCGACAGCAGUGCGAGUAGUAUCUAUCCUCCGUCACGGUCUUCGAUGCACGACUCGAGAGAUUCACUCGACACGGAUCGGCCACCGCCAUCUCCGCGGGCUCCGACCGGAUUUGAUGCAAGCUCAGGCGUUGGCACACCCAUUGGCGAAGAUGAUCCGAGCGAGCUCGAAAGAGUGCGAAGAAGGAAGAUUGCGCUCAACGAGGCAAUUCGGCAGUUCAACUUCAAGCCGAAGAAAGGGAUCAAGCUCCUCCUAGCGGAUGGAUUCAUUAGAAGUGAUGCGCCCGAGGACAUUGCUCGAUUUCUUCUGUCCGAAAGCAGACUUGACAAAGCUUCGUUGGGCGAGUUUCUAGGCGAAGGAGAUGAGUUCAAUGUGGCCAUCAUGCACAAGUUCGUCGACCAGAUGAACUUCACCAAAAGGAGAUUCGUCGAAGCCCUUCGACAGUUCCUCCAAAGCUUCAGGCUACCGGGAGAGGCUCAAAAAUCGAUCGAUUCAUGCUCAAAUUCGCUGAGCGCUAUCUCACUGGCAACCCUAACGCUUUCGCAAACGCUGAUACAGCAUCAGCAUUCUGCUCAGGUGAAGAAACGAAUGACACCAGAAGACUUCAUCAAAAACAAUCGCGGCAUCAACGACGGACAAGAUCUGCCACCAGAGUAUCUGACUGGCAUCUACGAGGAAAUCCAAUCCAACGAGAUCGUGCUGUCGUCUGAAAGAGAACAGGCAGCAGACAAGGGCAUCGCUGUUGCUGGCCCCAGUACUGGCCUCGCCUCCAGAGCAGUCCAGGGUUUGGCAAACGUUGGCCGAGACUUGCAAAGCGAGAAGUACAACCAAGCUUCCGAGGAUAUGGCUGCCCGAACGGAGCUGCUGUAUCGCAGCCUUAUUCGAGCUCAAAGGAGGACGAACGUGCGCGAAGUUCUGUCGAAGUUCAUUCCUGCAACUUCGGUCAAGCACGUCGGUUCCAUGUUUAACGUAACGUGGAUGUCGUUCCUGUCGGCGAUCUCGAGUCAAAUGCAGGAUGCUCAGAAUUUUGAGCUUAUCAAAGAGUGUCUCAACGGCCUGAGACUUGCUAUUCGGAUAUCUUGUCGAUUUGAUCUGGACACGCCGAGGACUGCCUUCGUCACCUCUUUAGCCAAGUUCACGAAUCUUGGGAACCUCAAGGAAAUGAUGGCCAAGCAUCUUGAAGCCCUGAAGGUGCUCAUCGACAUCGCGCUGACGGAGGGUGAUCUGCUCAGGUCAUCCUGGAGAGAAAUUUUGACAUGUAUCAGCCAGCUUGAUCGCCUGCAGCUCCUCUCAACGGGAGUUGACGAGAACUCUGUGCCAGAUGUCAACCGCGCAUCAAUCCCUACGCCUUCGAAUGCAGGCGAGCCUCGAUCACGGAAGUCCCAGCAAGGCCGAAGACCGAGACCAAAGUCUGGUCAGAGCUUCCGACCUGAAGUUGCCGAUGAGACCAAGUCAUCCGAUAUGACUAGGAGCAUAGAUCGGAUCUUCUCAAAUACGGCCAAACUCUCCUCUGAUGGCAUUGUCGACUUUGUCGCCGCACUUACUGCGGUGAGCUGGCAGGAGAUACAGUCCUCAGGCAACAGCGAGUCUCCACGAACUUAUAGCUUGCAGAAACUUGUCGAGAUCAGCUACUACAACAUGACCAGAGUCAGGAUUGAGUGGACACGACUGUGGGAUGUGCUCGGUGAACAUUUCAACCAGGUUGGAUGCCACAACAACACCCACGUAGUGUUCUUUGCCCUGGACUCACUGCGUCAAUUGUCGAUGCGCUUUCUGGAGAUCGAGGAGCUUCCAGGCUUCAGAUUCCAGAAGGACUUCCUCAAGCCUUUCGAGUACGUCAUGGCCAAUAACACCGUGGUGUCGGUAAAAGACAUGGUCCUCAGGUGUCUGAUUCAGAUGAUUCAAGCCAGAGGCGAGAACAUUCGAUCUGGCUGGAAGACCAUGUUUGGUGUGUUUACAGUCGCAGCCGAUGAGCAAUACGAAGCUAUCGUCAAUAUCGCCUUUGACUACACCAAUCAGAUCUAUAAGGAGCGCUUCGGAGUCGUCAUAACACAAGGAUCUUUCCCAGACCUGAUACAAUGCUUGACGCAGUUCUCGAAGAACAUUCGCUUCCAGAAGAAGUCACUGCAGGCCCUCGAGCUGCUGAAGUCGACAGUUCCCAAGAUGCUUAAGACACCAGAAUGCCCGCUCUCGCGCCGCCACAGCGUGCAGCCUCAGAACGGAGUCGUAGCAGGUGUACGCCAACCAAGUUCUCAGACCGAGGAAGAGCAGUUCUGGUAUCCAGUUUUGCUGGCCUACCAGGACAUUCUCAUGACUGGCGAUGACCUCGAAGUCCGGUCGAGAGCACUCAAUUACCUAUUCGAGACACUUAUCCGCUACGGCGGCGACUUCCCACCGGAGUUCUGGGACAUGCUCUGGCGCCAGAUCCUGUACCCAAUAUUUGUCGUUCUGCAGUCGAAGACCGAAAUGUCAAAAGUGCCGAAUCAUGAAGAGCUCUCGGUCUGGCUUUCGACAACCAUGAUCCAAGCCCUUCGGAACAUGAUCACUCUCUUCACGCAUUAUUUCGAAUCUCUCGAGUCUAUGCUUGAUAGGUUUCUCGGUCUAUUAGCUCUCUGCAUUUGUCAAGAAAAUGACACAAUCGCUCGGAUCGGCAGCAAUUGUCUGCAGCAACUCAUCCUCCAUAACGUGACCAAGUUCAAGGCAGAGCACUGGGCAAAGAUUGUCGGUGCAUUCGUCGACCUAUUCAACCGCACAACAGCCUACGACCUCUUCUCCGCUGCAGCCACCAUGUCAGAUGCACGAUCUCCUCAACUCAACGCUACCGCUGGCGAAGGUCUGGCACUCUCUGGCGUUCCAGUCGUUGAAACGCCGACAGAAGAAUCAUCAUCUGCAAUACUCGACUCCAGCGAGGAUCCAGCAAGCACAACUACCACCCACAUCCCCUCCGACGCAGACCAGCCACUUGAAGAAUUCAAACCCGCAAGCGCGCUCUUCAACAAGAUCAUCACCAACUGCGUGCUCCAACUCCUCAUGAUCGAAACCGUAGCCGAGCUCUUCUCAAACGACACCGUUUACGCGCAGAUCCCCUCGAACGAGCUCCUCCGCCUCAUGGGCCUCCUCAAGAAGUCCUACCAAUUCGCGAAGCGCUUCAACGGCGAUCGGGAACUUAGGCAACAGCUGUGGCGGCAAGGCUUCAUGCGCCAGCCACCCAACCUGCUCAAGCAAGAAUCCGGCAGUGCGAACACCUACGUUCAGAUCUUGCUACGGAUGUACUCCGACGAAGGCGAGGAGCGGCGGAGCAGCAGAGAGGAGACGGAGGGUGCUCUCAUCCCACUCUGCGCAGACAUCCUCCGCGCCUUCACCGCCCUCGACGAAGAAUCUCAACAGCGCAACAUCGUCGCCUGGCGGCCCGUCGUCAUCGACGUCCUCGAGGGCUACACAAAUUUCCCCGCGCCGGCGUUCGAGAAACACAUCGACACCUUCUACCCGCUCGGCGUCAACCUGCUGGAGAAAGAAGUGGGAUUCAGUGGCGGCGACAUGAGGGCGGCAUUGUGGGGCUUGUUCAGACGGGUAGGCGAGGUCAAGUUCGGCAUGCCGGAGUACAGAGGGAGGCAGAAUAGUUUGAGUGGUAGUGUGGCUGCUACGCCGACGAGUCCGAGUCUGGAGAGAAGGGAGUGGCUGGGGAACGGUGGGGAUGCGGAGAGGAGGAGGAGAGGGAGUAGGUUGGGAAAGUGA